UCAUAUGUUACAAAGGGCCCGGCGAACACAAGUCUGCCAAAGUCCAGGACCCUCGGUAGUCUUCUCGCCUCCUCUCGUGAACUCACUCCGAGCGGAAGGUUGAUGAAACCCAUCCAACCACCUCUGCCACGCAGUCAGACAUUGGGAAACAUUUCAUGCUUGAAUCACUCAGCUUUGACACCAUCACCAAGAAAGCCAACGCAGGCCAUUCCAGAUGGUUUACGAUCAUACUACAACUCCCAGAACCAACUUGAUGGUUCAAAGGUAUUUCAAGGAAGCAGGAUGGCGGAGAAAGAGAUGAGAUUCAUGACGGAGGUCCAGAGAGAAGCUGCAGCGAACUGUACACGCAUGAGAAAUGCACUUGGCAAAGUUCCUGUAGCACUGAGGACGCCGAUUUCUUUGAAGUCCCGAAUCUCAGAUGUACCUGCAAGCGAUGAUCGUUUUCUGCCUCCUACAUCCGGCGUUGGAAGAGCUCCUGACAGCGACCUGUCAAAUCUUCAACUCCCAGGGGCGACCUUCACAAACCGGUCACUGGAGUCACCCCCUUACACACAGGUGAGGGAGGCUGCUGAUACAUUAAACCACGUACCCAAGACUCCUUCAUCGAGGGAAGAGGUUUUAAGCCCCAAGGAUGUAAGUGUUGUAUGUCAAGCCGAAACCAUUCCAUACUGGACAGGUCGCUUUGUGGGUGUAUGUGAUCGUCUUAAGAUGGAAGAAUUCAAUACCAGAAGAUCGUUUCCAGGGCCAGCAGACAACAAAUCAGUCGAGGCAAUCUGGGAUAGUAGGGAGAAACUGAUAAUUGACACUGCCGUCAUUGAGCUCACUCGUCACUGCAAGACCACCGAGGCCUUAAAAAGCCUUACAGACUUUGAGACCCGGUUAUUGCAAGAUGUUGGACGAAGUCGAAACCAUACAACUGCGCAACUGAUAGGGCAUCGGCUACUGGCAGGACAUACUGGCCUACCCAAACCUUCUGGAUCAUAUUCCAAUCCAACGAAAAUUUGGAUCGCACCAUCAUCUCCUAAAACCGCAACAUCCACUACAAGUGGAGUGUCAAGCAUCAAUGCAGAAGCAACCCUUGCUGCAGGUCCCAAGCUGUUUUAUGGUCGCGGAGGGAUGGCGAAGAGUAAGACAACCGGGCAUCUAGCGUCCCUUAUCCCUAUGAUUCAAGCUCGAUCAAGGUCGAUAGCACCAACACCCCGCCACAUCCCGCAAGCAAACACUGCGGAGUCUUCGAGCCAUAGACGGAAGACCUCCUAUUUUGAUUGUUCCCCUGAGACACGGGCACUGGUAUGGAAGGAAAGAGAAGACCGUGCUGCUCGCAGGGUGGCCGAAGUGAGAGGAAGAUUGGAGGCCAGGCUGCUCUCA